AUGCUUCGUGGAGGCUGUAAAGCCUCUGAAAGGCGAAGACACUUAAGCGACCAACUCAGCUGGCAGCAAGACCAGGCGCUGAGCAGUAACAUUUACCUUCUGCGAGAGAUCGGCCCCACCGGUUUCCUGCUGAGGGAGGAGGAGCCGGAGAACAGGGAUUUCCGAGUUUUUCUAGGAAAUCCUCAUGUUUGUAACUGCUCCACAUUUUUGAAAGAAGAGAAGCUUUGUAAGCAUAUAUGUUGGAUCUUGUUGAAAAAAUUCAAGCUUCCAAGGAAUCAUGAAUCUGCUUUACAGUUAGGUCUCGUGGAAGGAGAAAUCAAUGACUUACUUCGGGGGAUACAUCGAGUACAAACACCCCAACAUGGAAUAAAAGAUGAAACUGUGCAUACUGAAGAAGACGGGUAUAUUAAGCAGAAGGAAAUUGGUUCAGAGGACAUCUGCCCUAUCUGUCAGGAAGUACUUUUAGAGAAAAAACUUCCUGUCACUUUUUGCAGGUUUGGCUGUGGCAAUAGUGUUCAUAUAAAAUGUAUGCAGAUCUUAAUGAAUUAUCAAGACAUGAUAUCGAACAAAUCAAUGUUAAAAUGUCCUCUAUGUAGGAAAGAUUUUGCACCAUUAAAACUAAUUUUAGAGGAAUUCAAAAAUUCUAACAAACUUAUGACUACAGCCGAGAAAGAGCGACUAGACAGACACCUUGGAAUUCCUUGUAAUAACUGUAAACGAUUUCCAAUUGAGGGGAAGUGUUAUAAGUGUACUGAAUGUAUAGAAUAUCACUUAUGUCAGGAAUGUUUUGAAAGCAGCUGCCAUGUUUCUCAUUCAUUUACUUUUCGUGAGAAGAGAAAUAAAAAAUGGAAAUCAUUAGAAAAAAGAUCAGACGAUGAUAUAAACUAUAUACGUAUUCAAAAAGAGAUAGAAGAAAAGAUACCACAUAUUAAAGAAAAGCAAGGUCAGGUCUACACACCAAAACAUGUGGUAAAAUCACUGCCUCUUCUGUUGGUCACAAAGAACAGUAAGCUGCUUGCUCCUGGAUACCAGUGUCGACUUUGUUUGAAGGCAUUUCGUCUUGGCCAAAAUAUACGGUUGCUACCGUGUGCUCACAAGUUUCAUAGGAAAUGUAUUGACUCUUGGUUAUUCCACAAAUGCAAUUCGUGCCCUAUUGAUGGACAAGUUAUAUUUAAUCCUUUAAUCUGGAACAAUUCAGCAGUGAAUGGACAUUCACAUCCACCUGUUUCAAGUACAGAUAUCACUCAUCUGUCAAAUGAAGAAGAAUCAGAACUAUUUAUUCCUGGAACUAGGUUAGUUUUAAAACAGAAUAGACAUGGAAUUUUACCUCGCCUACCUCACUAUAAUUCUGAAAAAUUGAAUAUAUCUCAGAGUCCAACAGAAGUCUAUCAAAGUAUAAAAGUAGAUGAACCAAAUUCUAUCAAAUUAGAGGAUUCAAAUUCAAGAAAAUUAAUCUAUGAGUAUAAAAUAAGCCAACAUUUUCCCAGGUAUCUUCAAGACUUGCCCACUAGAUCCUAUGGAAAAAUUUCAUCUCAAAUAUGCCUUCCUUCUAUUGCUCACAAGAAUAUUACAUGUCCCACUGGAAUGGAAAGUUCAGGUAUCCAUUCUGAUAAAAAAAGUCAUAAGAUGGACAAGAACUGUAAAAGCAAUAGCAAACUGAAGAACAACCUUGAUACUAAAGUAAAACACAUUCGGCGAACAAAUACAUUACUUUCAGAAGAUUCAAAUCGCAUUGUCAAUUGGAGUACUACAAAUCUUAGUUUGGCUAAAAAGUAUAAUAAUUAUAUGGGGAAAGUUAGACAAAAGUGUCAUCAGUCAAGAAGGCCGGUAGCUCACCCUUUAAAUACAAAAACUACGGAGAUAGCUUUAAUAUUGGAAGGAGUUCAGUUAUGA